AUGGCUAGGAUGAGCUUUGUUUUAGCAGCUUGCCGACUGGUGCUGGGCUUGCUAAUGACUUCAUUAACUGGGUCUUCCCUACAAAAUAGUGAGUGUCCACAACUUUGUGUAUGUGAAAUUAGGCCCUGGUUUACCCCGCAGUCAACAUAUAGAGAAGCCACUACUGUUGAUUGCAAUGAUCUCCGCUUAACAAGGAUUCCCAGCAACCUUUCUAGUGAUACCCAAGUGCUUCUCUUACAGAGCAAUAACAUAGCAAAGACCAUGGAUGAGCUCCAGCAGCUUUUCAACCUGACUGAGCUAGAUUUCUCCCAAAACAACUUUACAAAUAUUAAGGAGGUAGGGCUGGCAAACCUGACCCAGCUCACUACUCUACAUUUGGAGGAAAAUCAGAUUACAGAAAUGACUGAUUACUGUCUGCAAGAUCUCAGCAACCUUCAAGAACUCUAUAUCAACCAUAACCAGAUUAGCACUAUUUCUGCUAAUGCUUUUUCAGGCUUAAAAAAUCUUUUAAGGCUUCAUUUGAACUCCAAUAAAUUGAAAGUUAUCGAUAGCCGCUGGUUUGAUUCAACACCCAACCUGGAAAUUCUCAUGAUUGGGGAAAACCCCGUGAUUGGAAUUCUAGAUAUGAACUUUAAACCCCUCUCAAAUUUGAGAAGCCUGGUUUUGGCAGGAAUGUAUCUCACUGAUAUUCCUGGAAAUGCCUUGGUGGGCUUGGACAGCCUUGAAAGCUUGUCUUUUUAUGAUAACAAACUGGUCAAGGUUCCUCAGCUUGCCCUGCAAAAAGUUCCAAAUUUAAAAUUCUUAGACCUCAAUAAAAACCCCAUUCACAAAAUCCAAGAAGGGGAUUUCAAAAAUAUGCUUCGGCUAAAAGAACUGGGAAUCAACAAUAUGGGGGAACUCGUUUCUGUGGAUCGUUAUGCCCUUGAUAACUUGCCUGAACUCACAAAGUUAGAAGCCACCAAUAACCCCAAAUUAUCUUAUAUCCACCGAUUGGCUUUUCGAAGUGUUCCUGCCCUAGAAAGCUUGAUGCUGAACAACAAUGCCUUGAAUGCUGUUUACCAAAAGACGGUAGAAUCCCUUCCCAAUCUUCGUGAGAUCAGUAUCCACAGCAAUCCCCUGAGGUGUGAUUGUGUCAUCCACUGGAUUAACUCCAACAAGACCAACAUCCGCUUCAUGGAGCCCUUGUCCAUGUUUUGCGCCAUGCCACCUGAAUAUAGAGGGCACCAGGUAAAGGAAGUUUUAAUCCAGGAUUCAAGUGAACAGUGCCUCCCAAUGAUAUCUCAUGACACAUUCCCAAAUCAUUUAAACAUGGAUAUUGGCACAACGGUUUUCCUAGACUGUCGGGCCAUGGCUGAGCCAGAACCCGAAAUUUACUGGGUCACUCCUCUUGGAAAUAAGAUAACUGUGGAUACACUUUCAGAUAAAUACAAGCUAAGUAGUGAAGGUACUUUAGAAAUAUCUAACAUACAAACUGAAGACUCAGGAAGAUACACCUGUGUUGCCCAGAAUGUUGAAGGGGCCGACACGCGUGUGGUAACAAUUAAGGUUAAUGGAACCCUUCUGGAUGGUACCCAGGUGCUGAAAAUAUAUGUCAAGCACACAGAAUCUCAUUCCAUUUUAGUGUCCUGGAAAGUUAAUUCCAAUGUCAUGACAUCAAACUUAAAAUGGUCAUCUGCCACCAUGAAGAUUGACAAUCCUCACAUAACAUAUACUGCCAGGGUCCCAGUAGAUGUUCAUGAGUACAACCUAACACAUCUGCAGCCUUCCACAGAUUAUGAAGUGUGUCUCACAGUGUCCAAUAUUCAUCAGCAGACUCAAAAGUCAUGUGUUAAUGUCACAACUAAAAAUGCCGCCUUUGCACUGGACAUUUCUGAUCAAGAAACAAGUACGGCCCUUGCUGCAGUAAUGGGGUCCAUGUUUGCCAUCAUUAGCCUUGUGUCCAUUGCUGUGUACAUUGCCAAAAGGUUUAAGAGGAAAAACUACCACCAUUCAUUAAAAAAGUAUAUGCAAAAAACUUCUUCAAUCCCACUAAAUGAGCUAUACCCACCACUCAUUAACCUCUGGGAAGGUGACAGUGAGAAAGACAAAGAUGGUUCUGCAGACACCAAGCCAACCCAGGUUGACACAUCCAGAAGCUAUUACAUGUGGUAA